GGACAGACGUACGGGCGGGCGGCCCACGAGGGCUCCGGCCGCGGGCGGCCAUGGCGCGGCCCGGGCCCGGGCGGCUGGGGCUGGCGCUGGGGCUGGGGCUGGCGCUGGGCGCGGCGGCGGGCGCCGGCCUGGGCCUGCUGUGGCGGAGGCGGCGGCGGCGGGCAGCGGCGCGGCCCAGCACCGUCGUGCCCAGAGUGCUGGUUCCUGCAGAGGCGGGAGAUGGGGCCACGUACACACCUCUCCUAACUCAGGGCGAGCAGCUGGACGUGCUGGAGCGCCUUGACUUCGUGUUACGAAACAUUUCGGAGCUAAGAAAGGAAGUGGAGGAGCUGCGAAACAGCCUGCAGCACUUAGCUGCAGAGAUCGUUGGUGAAGUCAGGUCCCAUCUGGAAGAAACCCAGAAAGUAACUCGCCGGAGGCGGUUUCCGUUUCCCAGGGAAAGAAGUGAUUCCACAGGCUCCAGUUCGAUCUAUUUCACAGCCAGCUCAGGAACAGCCAAUACGGACGAUGGAGAAAGUGAAGGAGGGUACACCACAGCCAACGCUGAGUCUGAUUAUGACCGGGAGUCCGAGAGAGAGAGCGAAGAAGGGGAAGAUGAAGUGAGCUGUGAAACAGUGAGAACUGUGCGACGGGAUUCUCUGGAUCUCGUCAACGAGGAUGAAACGCAUUUAUUCUUGGACUCCUCGCUAGAGGAAGGACUGGGUCAGCUACUGCAGCAGGCAGACCGCUUGCACGACGGAAAUGAGCAGGAGAAGAGAGAGGGGUUCCAGCUGCUGCUGAAUAAUAAACUGGCGUACGCGGACCAGACAGACUUCCUCUGGCGCCUGGCCCGCGCGCAUAGCGACAUGUGCGAAAUCACAGAAGACGCAGAUGAGAAGAGGUCGUACGCGUCUGAUGGGAAAGAAGAGAUAGAAAUUGCCUUACAGAAAUGGGAUCAAAGUGCUGAGUGCCAUCAAUGGUACGCUAUUCUCUGUGGGCAGCUAUCGGAGCAUGAGAGCAUUCAGAAGCGUAUUCAAACUGGAUAUAUUUUUAAGGAACACAUUGAUAAAGCGAUUGAAUUGAAACCAGAGGAUCCAAAGGCUUACUACCUUCUGGGCAGGUGGUGUUACCAGGUUUCCCACCUGGGAUGGCUGGAAAAAAAGACUGCUUCUGCUUUGUUUGAAGCCCCUCCUACAGCCACUGUACAGGACGCACUGCAAAACUUCUUACGGGUUGAGGAACUGAGCCCAGGAUUUUCCAAAGCAGGAAGAGUAUACAUUGCCAAGUGUUACAGGGACCUGGGGAAAAGCUCUGCAGCCCUUCACUGGAUGAAUCUUGCUUCAGAGCUGCCAGCUAAUACAAAAGAGGAUGCAGAAAGCGAGAGAGAACUCGAAGAGAUGCAAGCUGUCUGGGAAGAAUAAAUACAUAAAGCCACAUUCCACGUGAUGCUGCACAGACAGUAAAAUUCCAGUUAAAGGGGUUUCGGGAUCCUGACAACUUCGAUUGCACCGCGUGGAUAAGGCACAAGUUUACAGGAAAAAGCACGCAGCCGUCUCCUCGGCGCAUCCAGGAAAAGAUCUUGGUGGGAUUUAAUCAGAUACACCAUUCUGUGUUAUUUUCUGUCUUAGAGCACUGCAUAUGUUUGGUUUUUAAAACUCCUUAAAAAUGCCAAAUUCCCAAAAACGAGUGUGUGGGCAGGACUUGUGAUAUAAAAAUAUUUGUGGUUAUAUAUGUGAGAGAUAUACUUUGUGAUAUAAAAAUAUAUAAUUAUUUGUAUAUACACGUACAUAUUUUAUAUCACAAACUCUACCUGACAGCCGGAGCUUGGGGCCUGCUUGCCGGUGAGCUCUCCCAGCUGAUUCCUGAGGAAGGCUUCAGCCAAAACUUUUUUUUUUUCAGAUUAACCGUUUUCUCUUUUUCUUAAUAAUAUGCAUUGAUUGAAUUGGUUGAAGUACCUGAUUACAUGCCUUUCCUAGGCGUUUAGGUGAGGUGGUAUUCCGAGGCGCUGCUGGGCGGUCAGCGCGCCGCUGGUUGGUACCGGCGGGGUGUUCUCGCGGCCCUCGGCCCGUGCAUUCACACGGGCGCUGAAACUGUGACUUAAUAACAAAUAAAAAAGACAACAACAGGGACUUAAUAAGCGAGUUGUCGGCCCGCCCUUCCUUGCUGUGAAAAAAUUGAUGGUGGUGCCCGAAGCACACUCUGGCCGGGUCUUUCCGACUAUGCUUGAACUACCUUACUGGUUUUCCCUGGGGGGAGCCAGCACUGCAGGGAGUUAUUCCAGGGGACCGCCGAGAUUUCCCUCCCAAGGCAAACCCUUAGAGGGGCGUUGCUUUUGUGAGAGAAGUGAGGAGUAACGUUUUAAACUUUAGGACUUCCUUCGCUCACGUGAGGUUAAAAACGCCUUGCGUCCCUCUAAACCGCACUGCUGUGGUUUAGGUGCGAUGGUUUAGUUUGGAAAGGAGUUAUUUCUCAAUGAAACGCUGGUUACAGGAGCAGGAGUGCUCUGGGGCAAAGGCGAAGCUUCCCGGUAACUCCGUGGCUCCUUGGGCGGCAGCGGGGCGGCGAAGCCGGCGGCUGACGCUCCCGCUGGGUACCAAACAGACCUAGUAACCUGUGCUGCUCGCCGACACAGACGGUGAAGCCAAAACGCCCUUCAUUCAGCAAGGCUUUCCCGGCAGCCCUUCAGAUUUCAGCUGGCAGCUAACCGGGUGCUUAUUUUUUAACGUUCAUUACGUCUUGCCGUGUUGUGCAGUGUCUGUAAAGUGCAAGAGUAAAAUGUUUCCGAAGCACCUUUUUAGUCCCUUGCACAUGUGUAUGAAACUGAUGGGGGUUUUUACUUUGUGAAAAAUGACACCGGAGGGGAAGUGUGUAGAAAACUCGAGCUUAAAACCUUCCUAUUUUAUAGAUUCAGUGCUUUUAACUUUGUUUUUUUCAAUUUCUUCCCCAAAUUAAACUCUCUAAAAUGUUGGUGCUGAACUCAUCUCAUGAGAUUCAGGCGAGUGUGCAAUUGGCUUUAUUGGCUUGAAACAAUAAAAAUCGAUACUUUUAAAUGGAGAACUGAAUCCUGGCAGGCGAAAGGGGAGCCCUGUGGUUUUGUUGUGCGGAGCUGCCCUCGCGGCGCAGGGGCGCUGGAUCUGUAACCGCGGGACAGUUUUAUACUUGAUGUGAGCUGCUCCUUCAGCUCUUCAGGGGAAUGAUGAAGCUGCCUUUUUUACAUACUAUGAAUCUGUCUGGUUUUGAAUAUUUCCCAGUGGAUGACCAUUUUCCCCUACACACGCAGUCUUUAAAUAUUGCACGAGUUUUUCAUCUCUUUUCUGCUUGGCUGCUUAAGCCCAGCUGGGAAAUCCUCAACAGCGGUACCCAAAAGACGACGAUCAGCAACGUGGCUCUUUCACAGAGGAUUUGCAGAGUUGUUUUUUUCUGGAGAGAAAUGGUAACAGCUCUCAAAACAGUCCCAUAGUUACAUGUACUUGCGUCGCCUUCCCCUGCCAGCAAGUCCCAGAGUGGUGUUCGUCAGUGAUGGUUGCUGUUCUGUGUGCUGGUGUCGCUUAAACGUCUGUGAUGGGAGGAGUGUGAGAAGGGAAUAGUUACGCUAGCAGGAGACUCAGCUGCGGCUCCCUGAAGCCUUCACCUGUUAACUUGCCAAAGCCUAAACUGUCGGAGCCUUUGCAUCAUGUAUUUUUGGGCUGUGACUUUCACUCUCUGUUCCCACAGAUGUAAAUUCUCCUUUGAUUUUUAUUUUUUUUAAAAUUGGGGGUGUCUUUCAAAACAACAAAGGGUUGUAGCCUUGAGGGG